CACAUGUGGGUCAACGCCGUCGUCCUCGCUCUCUCCCACCUGUACCUGGGCGAGUCGCGGAGCUGCCCGCCGCGCGCCCGCGCGGGGAGGCCUCUCAGUUCGUCUCAGUCCGAGAUGGCGUCCAGGCUGAGGAGGCUUGUGCGACCGAUGCGCCGGCCCCUGCAAUGGCAAGGUGGCCGCGUGGAGAAGGCCGACGCUCGGCUCGACUAUCUCUUGAAUCCGAUGCAUCUCCCCUUGGGCGCCGUGGCGCCCUCUCCUGACUCCGAGGUGAUGACCGUCGACCCGAGCAAGGCUCCCUUCGCCAAGGCCGAGUGCCACUUCGACCCCCUGGCGUUCCUGGCCCCGUUUUCCGCCGCCACGUUCUUAGAGCCUCGGCUGCCGGCGCGGGAUGGGCCGGGCGCUGGCCCUCUGGCGCGCGCGGCGGGCAAGCCUGGCGACCUCCUCCAGUACCUGAAGCAGUGGGAUGACGUGGGGCGACUGGAGCUGGUCGACGCGGCCGACUCCCCGCAGGCCCUGCGAGGUACCCUGUUCCCCGUGUUCAAGCUCGCCCACGCGCAGAGGGUCGUCUUCAAUCGCAUCGCUCGCAACUCGGCGGAGUUGCCGCUCGGCGGCUUCUCCAGACUGACCCCGAGCGCCGCUACGCUGGUGGACCUGGAGGGCUUCGCAGCGCUGGGCCGGCUUCGGAGGCGCUGCCGUCGUGGGGGUCGCGAGCUCCCCGAGAAAGUGGUUCCCUGCCAUGGCGGCCUGAUCGUGGGAGGACUGAACGCUCCCGACUGGGCGUGCGAGUCCCACAUGCGGCUGCUCGCCCACGCUGGCAGCUUCCCUCCAGAACGGCGGGUGCUGAACCGCCACCUCGCCCCCGAGGGGUCGGCCUGGGAGGGCGUCGUGCUGGACGACCACUUCGGGCUGGCGGUCGACGCUCCAGGCUCGCGGGAAGCUCGGCGAGCUAUCGAGGAGUCUUUCGCCCGUGCGCGCGAGGGCUAUGCCGAGGCUGGCCUCAGGGUCAGCGCGGGCAAGGAGGUGAAGGACGCGGCGGAGGCGACGGUCAUCGGGGCAGAGCUCCUGGGCCACGACCGGCUCGUCGGCGCCUCGCGCACCCGCAGGCUGGCGUUGGCCUGGAUGGGCCUGUCCAUGGCCCGAUGCCGACGCUCCACUACGCUCGGGCUGCAGAGGUUCCUUGGCAUGGGGCUUUUUGCCGCGCUGUUCCGGCGGCCGACCCUGUCGCUCCUCCACUACCGCUACAAGGAGGUCGACGUCGGCCGUGACCCGCACGAGGUGUUCGACCUGAGCAGCGCGACCUGCAACGAGUGCGCCCUGUUCGCGGUUCUCCUCCCGCUGAUGGCCACCGACCUCUCCGCAGGCUGGGGGCCGCACGUUCUGGCCUCGGACGCCUUGCACCUGGCCAGAGCGUCCGUCAAGACGCCUGCCUCAGCGCCCAUCGCCAGAGCUUUUUGGCGUCAGCGCGAGCAGCGAGGCGCCCGUACGUGGCUCUACCCCUCAGGCUGGGCUGCCCUUGCCCACCCCGAGGACGGCGCCGUCCUGCAGGACCUGGAGGAGGAUGCCGUCCCUCCCCCUGGCGCCGUCGACCCGACGGCCUCGCUGAUCGAGUACUUCGACGUGCUGGAGCUCUGCUGCGGGGAGGAGGCCCGUCUCAUGGGCUACCUCGCGGACCGGGGCCUGCGCGCGGGCCCGAGGAUAGACAUCAAGUGCCACAAAUACUGGGACCUGGUCGACUCACGCUUGGCGGAGUGGGUAGUGUGGCUGAUCUGGCAGAGACGCGUCAAGAUGACUAUAUCACAGGGUGGGCAUGCUGGCGCUGUUCGCCCACCUUCGGGUCACGGUACCGGCUUGCACGAGCACCCCCUGACGGCCUACUCCUGGUACACGCACAUCGUCGAGUUCCUGCUGACGCACGAGGCCGUAGAGCGCUUCGACAUCUCGAUGUGCCAGUUCGGUGCGCCCUGGAAGAAGGACACGAGCCUCCUGGUCGUGCGGGGCUCCUGGCUGGCGCCUAUGGCGAGGCGCUGUCGCGGAGGGCACAAGCACACGGUCUUAGAGGGCGGCCUGACUCCCAAAGCCGCGCUCUACCCGCACGGCUUCUGCGACGAGCUGUCUAAGCUGAUCGCCGACAACCUGGCCCUCUGGCUGAACGACUGCGUUGGCUUCGCUCCCUGGCAGCUGCAUUGCCAUCGCCUUUUCCGCAAGCCCCUCCACAUCAACCUGCUGGAGAUCGACGCGGCCUGCGACGCGGUGGACGAGCAGGGCCUACGGUUCCCCGAUUGCAAGCACAACCUCCUCCUGGACUCCCGCGUCUCGAUCGGGGCCAUCAGCAAGGGCCGCUCCUCAUCGACUGCGAUCAACAAGCUCUUGAGAAGGAGGGCCCCGUUGCAGCUGGCCACGGGCUCGUACAUCGGAUGCCACUUCGCGCCGACGCGAUUGCAGCCAGCCGACGUCCCGUCGCGCACGCUCCGCGACCCGGCGCGCGCUCUGGCCCGCGGGGCCGAGGCUCCGCCUCCCGCUCCGUGCUGGCUGGCCAGCCUCGAGGCUGGGGACGCCUCAGCCUUCCGCGCUUGGGCUGCGCUCCCGCUGCAGCGCCGGCAGCAGUCUCGGUGGGCUUGGCUGGUGGCGCGCCUCUGGCGUGGGCUCUUGCGGCUCGCCCCUCGACCGCGGGUGCGCGACCCCGCGCUGGGCUUCCCGGGCGAGGGCCCGCGCGGCGGAGCUGGGCCGGCGCAGCCGCGGGCCCGCCUGGUCGGGCUCUUGGUGCCGCUGCUGCUGCGGGGCCCUGCGGCCGCGCCGCGCCCGCCGACCUCCCGCCCCGCGGGGGCGGACCUGGCGGCCGCGCGCGGCCUGGCGCCAGUGGUCCAGACGCGCCGUGCUGCCAUCGUCUCGCAGCUCCAGCACUGGAUGGCGGACGCAAAUCGUGCCCUCCGACACCGACUCGACGCGUCGUGGGACCACCUGACGCCUGGCUCGAACCACCAGGCGAUGCCGGAGGCGCUGCUGCUCGCUUCGGCGAGCCUUGCACUGGCGUGGGGCUGGUGCGACGUCUCCGGCGGCCCGAUCCUCGGCUUCGUCGGGAUGAUGAGGCCCUUCGAGUUCCUGAGGCUGAAGUUCGGGGACCUGGCGCUCCCCUUGCGGACGUUGGAUCGUCUGCAUUCAAGGUAUGUGCACGUGGGCGCGCCCAAAAUGUGA